AUGUCAAUAAAACGUCGACAACUGUUCGUUGGUGUUCUUGAUAAUGAAACAUGGACUAAUGAAAAAUUAUGUGCAUAUUUCAAUAAACAUGCUAGUGCGAACGAUGAACAGUAUAUCACUGAUUGUCAAAUAAUGUCAUAUAGUGAAACAAGAUUUCAAGGAAAAUCUUUUGCAUUUAUCACAUUUACUGAUGAAGCUUGUGUUGAUCGUUGUAUGACUAAAAGAACACAAUUUAAUAAUGAUUAUGGAAUUACAAUAAAACGUUUAUUACCAGAUUCUAUAACGAAAUGUGAAAGACUUAUGUCAUCAACAGAUAUCGUUAUUCGAAUAACUUUACAAGAUCCAUUAUUCACCGAAACAAAUAUUCGCUCGUAUUUUGGUGUAUAUGGAAAGAUUAUAGAAUUAAAAAUGCUCGAAGAAGAUGAUUGUGCCGGUAUAUGUUUCAUAACAUUUGAAGAUUUUGAUUCUUCCGAUCGUGUUCUUCUUGAUUUUCCACAUUAUUUAAAUGGACAAUUACUUUCUAUUCAUAAAUAUACUGCACCAGAAUAUAUCUGUAAUUUAUCACAAUUUCGUUUUGUUGAUCCAAAAAAUGCUUCUCAAAUUAAACGAUGGUAUCCAAUAUUUCGAAAUCUUACCGAUUUUAUGCGUCCAUUAAAAAUUUUAUAUAAAACACAAAUUGCCCUAUUUAAAUUUAAUAUGAAUAAACAAAUUUCAAUAAGUAAUCAAAAUUUAAAUAAAACAAAGGAAACUCUACAUGAAUUUGAAAAUAAAUAUAAUGAUCUUAAACAAAAUUUUCUACAAUUAUUUAGUUUAAAUGAACGAUUAAAACAACAAAUUCAAGAACUUGAAAAAAAGAAUGAAAAGAAUAACAAUGAAUAUGAAAAUCAAAUUCAAGAACAAAAAAGAAAAAAUCAAUCAUUACAAGAUGCUAUUAUGUAUUUACACGAAGAUUCUUAA